GGGAACCUAAAGGAAGCAGGCAUCAGACCACUGGGAUUUCGUUUUUUCAGCAAAUUAAAGGGCCCAGCGUAUCCAGUUUUUCUGAAAGCUGACAAAUACCAGGAGAGAACAGCUCUCAUUGAUUGCCAUGGCAACCAUCUGUAUAAGGACUUGCUGGGCCGAUCUGUCCAGUUAUCUCAAAAAAUACUUGACAUAGUUGGUGAGAAAGACCUUGAGGAGAAAACUGUUUCAUUUUUGUGUCCUAAUGAUGUGUCUUAUUUGGUGUGUCAGUGGGCCACUUGGAUGGCAGGUGGGGUGGCCGUUCCAUUAUAUAAGAACCACCCAUCCUCCGAAAUGGAAUAUUUCAUUGAAAAUUCAGAAAGCGCUGUUGUUAUAGCAACUGAAUCCCUCGCAGAAAAGCUUUAUCCAAUCACCACAAAGUUAAAUGUAAAGAAAUUGACAUUGAAGGAGAGUGAUUACUUGAGUGAAAAGGAAACAGAAAAUGGAUUAUAUCUUUAUCGAGAUUUGCGGAAUAAAUUCCACAUCAUAGCUGAACAUACACCAGGGGGUUAUAGGAACAGACGUGCAAUGAUUAUUUAUACCAGUGGGACAACAGGGCGACCUAAGGGUGUGGUGCUAAGCUAUGGCAAUCUUAACACAAACAUUGAAGGAAUGAUAGAAGCAUGGGGAUGGACAAGCGCUGAUGUCAUUCUCCAUGUGCUACCUCUACAUCAUAUACAUGGCGUUGUGAAUGCUCUUAUGACACCCCUGUCUUGUGGCGCCACCUGUGUUAUGCUACCAGACUUCAAUGCUAAACUAGUCUGGGAAAAAUUGGUUAACCCUAUAACUGCUGGGAACCAAGUUAGGAUUAACCUUUUCAUGGCUGUACCAACAAUUUACAAGUUGCUGAUUGAUGAGUAUGAAAAACUUGCCAAAUCAAGCAAUCUGAACAAAGAAUAUGUCAAAUCUGCCUGUCUCAAUAGAAUAAGACUCAUGGUGAGUGGAUCUGCCGCUCUUCCUCAACCAAUCAUGGAGAGGUGGAAGGACAUCACAGGUCACAUGUUACUUGAACGUUAUGGUAUGUCAGAAAUUGGAAUGGCACUUACAAACCCUUUAAAUAGCAGACGGAUACCAGGGUCUGUAGGGAAGCCAUUCCCAGCUGUAGAGGUCUGUAUUGCCAAAGACAAUGUUUACAAUCC